AUGCCCCUUCCCCGCAUUGUAGACUUGACAAUAUCGGUGGUGUUUUGUUUCCUGUACGGACACAACUUCAUCAAGGAUCAACACCAAUCUGGCACUGUGGAGUGUGAACGCGAGUCCGAGUUCGCAGUUAAUCCCGAGGUCGCUGUGCCAGUAUCACGACCUGCACUACGUGCCACUCAAGUUGGCACUGCAGUCACGCCAACACCAACCUCUUUGUCUUUGUUCGUGAGCUCGGUCAGUCAGACCGCUUCGUCCUCCAGCUCUCCUACGGGAACCUCUUCGCCAUCCGCAAGCGCAACGCCCUCAAACGAUGACAAUGCCCUCUCGGCUGGCGCCAAAGCAGGCAUCGCCAUCGGUGCUGUCUUUGCUGUGAUCGCAGUAGCUGCGACAGGGUAUCUCUUCUACCGCAACCACCGCAAAAUCAAAGAGCUAGAGGCGAGAGCAUAUCCCCAGGAGUUAAACGUAGAGCCGAAGACAGUGUCAACGGAGUAUUGCAGACAUGACUAUCAGCCUGUUCCACCGUCAUAG